AUGGCAAUAAUGGGCUUCUUCGCGGGUUUUGGAAGAGGCGUAGUAGGCACAAUAACGAAACCCGUCGUUGGUGUCUUGGAUCUGGCAACGGAGACAGCUAGUGCUGUACGAGAGACAAGUAGAAGCGCUCAUCGCGCAAUACCAAAGCGUGACCGGCCGCCGCGUGUCGUCAGCGGUUCUACCGGAUUGCUACCGCCGUACAAUCGUCAGCAGGCUGAGGGCCAAGAGUUCCUGUACAGCAUUAACAAUCGCGACUACUCCGAGCUCUUCGUCGCCUACGAGUGUCUGUGCAGCGGCUCGGAGAACCUUAAAGUGCUGGUGUCCAACGAGAGGGUACGCGUCAUCUCGGGCGGCACGAAAGCGGUGGUGACCCAGGUCAGCUUGGCGGAUCUCCUGCGUUGCCAGCCGAUGCAAAAGGUUCAAAGCAACAACGUCAUUCUGCAUUACAUAGAGUUGAUAUCCAGAUUCGACUCGUCGGCCGCGGUCAAUCUCGACGGGUUGGCCGAAUUGCUGAGACGGCCGAAGGUGCGCUGCGACAACGAAGAGGUGGCGAAGCGGGUAAGUAAAUAA